UUAGUGAAAACAUCGCGGAUUACUUUAUCUGAUCAAUUUUUCUUAAUUACCAUAGUAAAUGGAUAAAAUUUUACGCUAAUAAUAUUGAUGGGUGAUGGGUGAAUUAUUCCAAAAUAGAUAUUCGCUUUGUAUACAUAAACCAAUUUAAAACUCCAAACUUUACUUUUUGAUAGGGUAUCAGUUUUCGCGAAAAAGGAACCCUUGAGCAUGUAGUCACUACAUUAUCUCAUAUCAUCCGCAACAUUUGUGUGUUUAAGUGAUAGUGAGCUGACAUACAGUCUUACAGUAGCGAUAAUCUUCCAAAAAGUAAAAAAAUGUUCUAAUUUGUGCAAAUAAGUCGAGAUUAUGGAAUUUUUAGGUUUUGUUCCAUCAUGCGGCAGAUAUUAUGGUUGAUCACGUUUUGCACAAUUUUGAAAUUUGCCUUUUGCGAAAUUAUUUGCAACGAUCCCAAAGGAAGUUGUGGAUGUUUAGGUCGUCGCGUAUUAUGUUCUACGGCAAAAACCGACGAUAUCAUCAUUGAUAUCAGCAAAGGAAUAAUUGACAUGGAGUGUCCCAGAGAAUUGAAACAACUCCACUUUGAAAAGCCUCCAAACGUGACUAUUGACAGCGACAUUUCAAAAUUUACAAUGCGGUAUUGUCCACUACCACCGAACAACUUCAGAGAAAUUUUCGCCUGGUUUUCGCUACAAAAUGUGGAAACAUUCGAAUUUUACGCCUCGGAGCUGAACGCCUGCACCUUAACAAACAAAUAUUUUCAAUCAUUGGAAAAUCUGAAACAGUUAAUUCUCUCUGAUAACGCAAUUGAUGAUUUGGACGAAAACUUUUUCACAAACAUGCCACAAGUGAAACUUCUAGACCUCAAAAAUAAUCGCAUCAAAUUGACAAAAUCGACUUUCAAAAAUUUACAGUUUUUACAACACUUGGAUUUGUCGUCCAAUAACAUAAAAUUUGUACCUCACGGAGCCUUUCAAGAACUCGAAACGCUGACAACUUUGAAUUUGUUCGACAACCAACUGACCAAAAUCGACGAUUUUACAUUUGCCGGACUUUCAAACCUGCAAUCGCUCGAAUUAAGCGCCAACAAAAUACAAACAAUAAGUGAAAACGCAUUCGCCACUCUUAAAAAUCUGACACGGAUUAAUCUUUCAAACAACUUCCUUAAAACACUGCCUGGGGGGUUAUUCCAAGGCAACAGAAACCUAAAAACGCUCAGACUUAAACACAAUAUUGGGUUACAACUCCCGGGUUUAGUUUUCGCAAAUUUAUUCCUAACCGAAGUGGAUUUGACGAAGUGUCGUUUAGGCGAGAUCCCCGAAAAUGUUUUUGAGAACACGACAACGUUGAAAGUUGUCGAGUUGGGAGGAAAUGAUUUGGAAGACUUGCCAGAGAACGUGUUCAAAGGCUUGACGAAUUUGGGCAAAAUUUCUUUGCAACACAACAAGAUUAAGUCAAUUUCACACUUGUUCAAAGGACUUGAGCGAAUUACUUUGCUGCAGCUACAAAAAAACUCAAUUGAGAAAAUUGAGAGCGAAGCUUUCGCCGAUUUGAUAAAUCUGGAAAAAAUUAACUUGCGGGGGAAUAGAAUUAAACAAAUUAACCCGCUUGUUUUUUCAAGGAAUCAUAAACUAAAAACCGUCGUUUUGGCUGAUAAUGAGAUAGUGGAUAAGUUUGAGGAGGCAAUAACUUCAACUCAAACAAAUAACUUGAUUCGCUGGAAUUUGCGCCACAACCGGAUCCAGCAAAUAAAGCUCGCGAACUGGAAAAACGUAUCAAUAACACUCGAUUACAAUCCACUUAUUUGUAACUGUCUCAAUUACAAUUUACUGAACCAUAUCAGAAACCAGACAAGAAGUAAUAACUUGACAAUAACUGCAAAAAAUGUUAAAUGUGAGGGCUCUCAAGUGUUUGAGAAUCUUGAACUGUCGAGUCUCACAUGUUCACUGGACGAAAUUUCCAAAAAUUAUUUGUGUCCUAAAAACUGCUCGUGCAUUUGGAGACCUUUCGACGCUUCUGUCGUAAUCAACUGUUCAAAUAAAUCGCUCGUUAAGUACCCACAAGUGGACCUAAGUCAGUUAACUUACGUUUACAACGACAUUGAAUUACACCUUGAAAAUAAUAAAUUGGAAUCAGGGCCUGAGCGCCGUUUUGGUUUUCUCAAUAUUACAAAAUUGUUUCUUUCAAACAACACAAUCAGGUCAAUUGAUUGGGUGCCACCAAGGCUUAAGUCAUUACAUUUGGACAAAAACCGCAUCAGCAAAAUCCCUCCCAAAGUCAUUGAGGUUUUAAAACAGACAACUUUGGUAAAUUUGACUUUAAACGACAAUCCUUGGAUGUGCGAUUGUGGGGCUGAAAUUUUGGCCCAAUUUUUGCGUACAUUUCCGAACUUUUCCACUAACAUUUAUUGCGCUAACACAACCCUUCGCCUAAUUGAUAUGAAAAAGGAGGACUUUUGCAAAAGCCAGACUGUCCUUUAUUUAACAACACUAACCCUCUCACUCCUUCUCAUUUCAGCCCUUUUGGCCAUUUUCUACUACCGGAACCAGGAAACUAUCAACUUCUGGCUUCUUUCCCACAAUUUGUGUUGGUUUAGUGAAGAAAAUCGCGAUAAAGACAAGAUCUACGACGUUUUUAUCAGUUAUUCACAUAAAGACGAACAUUUUGUCGAGGCUCUCUUAUCGUUCCUUGAAAAAGGUCCCAAUUCUUUUAAAACUUGCGUACAUUAUCGUGAUUGGACGCCUGGAGAGCCUAUCGUGAGCCAAAUCAUCAAUUCCGUGGUGAAUUCGCGCCGAACUUUGGUGGUGCUUUCAAGGAAUUUCCUCGAAAGUGUUUGGGGGAAAAUGGAGUUUAAGACGGCGCACAGGCAAGCUUUGAGCGAUGGAAGGAAUCGGGUUGUGGUAGUUUGGUAUGGAGAUGUUGAAGUUGAGAAGUUGGAUGAGGAGUUGAAGGUGUAUUUGCGGACUAAUACUUUUGUUAAGUGGGGGGAUAAGUUUUUUUGGGAAAAGCUGAAGAUAGCGUUGCGACGGACUGUGAAAUGGGGGUCCAAAAUGGGGGUACAAGAGGAGGAAGAUAUGUUAAUAGUGUAGUCAGUCUCUUUGAAGACUUUUUGUAUUAAUACAGGGCCAGGGCCGAGCCAAGACCGCGUGUAGGUCCCAAAUAUUGCGCCCCUUACUCGUAUAAAAAUAUUAAAAAAAAUAAUAAUAAGUUAAAUAAAUGAAAUAAAAAAAAAUUUGAAAUAGUAUAUUUAUACAAAAAUAAAACUAUUCGUAACAAGAAUCAUUUCAAGUUUUGUGCAGGUACAUCAGCGGUUGAGUAUUUACAUUCCUAAUAUUUACAUAAUUUACUCAAUAAAUUCACAUUACUUUGCUCUA